AUGUCCACAUCUACAGAGGAACCUGCGAUUCCAGCAGUAAACAAUUCACCCACACCCUCUACCCCACGUUCUGCCAUGGAAAGUUCUGCAGCUCUGAAGGAGCGGGACGAUGAGUCCAGUAGUAUGGUUGACGAGGACAGGCCAGCCAAGGGCACUCGGUCGAUAACGCCACACGAGACCGAGGCACUGAGGUUAAAGCAAAAAUGUAAAGACUUGAAGCAGAAAAUCGUUGAUAUUGAAACACAAAAUCAGAUUAGAGCUAUUGGCGUGUCAAGAGCAAAGGACUCCAUUUCUAGACUCAGGUUUGAGUAUUCUCUAUUAUUAGAAUCUCUAGAGAAGAAGAAUGCCACUCUUCCAUUCCCAGACUUGAAAAACUUUAAGCCGGAGGAUAUCGACGCUGAAACAGUGUCAUCAUUAUCCCUCACUGAUGUGACUAAUUUGUUAUCAACUACACCACUAGCUCUCGCUAAUAUAAAAAGGUUCUUACCCAAUGCUCUCGGUGACUUGAUAUCCGAAAGACAGCAACAAUAUAUUAACCAAGCAGCAUCGUCGGAUCAACAGGCCCCUUCUACUAGCAGAACCCGCCGGAAAAGAGGUACACCUAAUGGUUCAUCUGCUUCAUCUAGAAAAAGAAUUCGGGAUCCUAGAGAACCGAAAAGACCUACUAAUGCCUAUCUCUUUUUCUGUGAUUCAGAAAGAGAACGUGUGAAAUCUGAAUGGGCGGAAAAAAAUCCAAACCAGCAUAUUGAUUUAUCAAAGGCCAUGACUGAAGUUUGGAGGAAAAUGACGGACGAAGAUAAAAAACCUUAUUUUGAAAUGUAUGAAAAAGAUAAGCAAAGAUAUCAGAAGGCGGUUGAGGAGUUUGCUAAUAUAAAGGAACAGGAACGCUUAAAUGCACAGGAAUUACUAUCAAGCAGAGCACAAAGCGAAACAGCAUCAGCUGAACCCGAGACACCCGUGAAUGGAGGGUUUGAAUUGGACGCACAUCCAGAUCCAGAUAUUUCUCAAUUGGAUGAUGCCAAUCAAACCAACGAGGACAUAGAUGAAAAUGAAGGAGUAGAAGGAGAAGGAGACGAGGAAGAAGACGUAGAUGAAGAUGAAGAGGAAGAAGAAGAAGAAGAAGAAGCCAAUGGUAGUCGAUUGUCUACCACGGCUGAGGUAAAUGGUGAACCUGACGGCAGUGAAGACCUUCUCUUGGAACUUGAUUCAGAAGCCCAUAUUGAGGGAGAAGAUGGAGAGGACGAAGAUGCCGCUAAAGAUGUGACCCACGAAAGUAAGGACACUGAAGAUGAACAUUUGUAUGAUGCUGCUCAAUUAAGAUCCGAACCUGAUACUCCUCUUCAUGAAUAA